AUGGGGAUAUUCCUGGAUCCGAAAAUUCGAAACAAUGUUCUGCUUCCGAUCUUUAUUGUGGUCGUUCUGACCUCUAUGAUUCGGUCCAGCUUAAUGAUCUUACUGAAGGCCGAGCCAAAGGUAGAUGUGAAGGAAGUCAAAACCCAGAGCAUGCUCGGACGAUGCAAAUUAUUGAGAGCAGCGUCGCAUUUUCUCACUGAGAAGGCUUUCAAGUCCCGCAAAGCUUAUUUUGUCAAAAAGGAUGUCGGUGUCUUGGUGAAGUCUGUGCCCAAAGCGAAGGACCCAAUGGAGGCUUUGUCAGGAGGCUCUGAUCCCAUGGCAAUGAUGGGAAUGAUGAAGGGCCAGAUGGUUUUCAUGGUGUCUCAGGGACUAUUAGCUUAUUGGGUCUCUCACCUCUUCUCGGGCUUCCUCGUGGCGAAAACGCCCUUCCCGCUGACCUUUCAGUUCAAGGGAAUGCUGCAGAGAGGCGUUGAGGUCACUGCCCUAGAGCCGGGCUACGUCUCCUCGCUUUGUUGGUACAUGUUUGUCAUGAUGAGUAGUCACAGCCUCAUAGGGCUUGUCCAGUCCUUCUUCACAAAAUCAGAUGUUGAAGCCGACGACCCAAUGAUGGCGAUGAUGGGAACAAUGGGCGGUGCUCCAAUGAUGCCAGGUGGUGGACCAGACCCUGCCAAAGUCUACAAAACAGAGCAGGACAAUCUAGAGAUGAUCUUGCACGAGUUCGUUCUCGAGAACGUGGAAACGGAGCUGUGGAGAAAGUGGAAAAACCAAAGUUGA